AUGACUCAUUCCACUAUCUACUAUAGCAGCCUGGCUAUCCUUGUGGGUGCCACUUUCCUCACCUUCAUCGCCAUAAACUUGCCGUCCUGGGCGAAAUUGUCCAUGCAGACAUCCGAUGGGAGACAGUCCUAUAGUACUAUUGGGUUACAUGUAUCCUGUGCCUCUCCCGGUCAUUGUCAGCCAUUCCCUCCGGAAGACGAGUGCCAUGAUUCACAUCGCUACUUUUGCUUCACGUGGCGCUCCAUCUGCUUCCUCAUGUGGAUUUCGUUGAUCGCGGACAUGGUCACACUCAUCGGUAUCAGUUUCGUCAACCGAGGCGGAAAGCGGAGGCGUCAACGAGGCUGGAAUCUAAUACCGGCCCUCCUGUCGGCAGGGAGUAUACUUCAAUGUAUUUGUACAUUGGCAGUGGCCCGUAUUCUGAACUAUGACAAACGUUUCGAAGGUUGGACGCUUGGCUUGUCGUGGAUUCUCUGUACAGUUGCAUGGGUCAUCUCUAUAGCUCUGGCCUUAAUUAUCUUUGGCUUCAAGAGUAUAUUUGAACCAGACGGUGAUUACGAGUUAAUUCCAAAUUAG